GGAUUGAGCUGAUGAAGUUGGACUAGCACCUGAGGCACAUCGGGUUAUGUUCUAAUAGGGAAACUACGUUUUUAAGAAUAAGAAAAACUUGAAGCAUUUGUGCAAAAAUGUCACAUGAAGGGAUUGGCAGUGUAAAUCAGCUUGGCGGGGUGUUUGUAAAUGGUCGGCCUCUUCCCACUUGUAAAAGAAAAAAAAUCAUCCAGUUGGCAGCAGGAGGAAUGAGACCCUGUGAAAUCUCUAGGAUUUUACAGGUGUCCAAUGGCUGUGUCAGUAAGAUAUUGUGCAGGUACCAUCAAACUGGUCUUUUAUGCCCAAAGACAAUUGGUGGCAGUAAACCCCGCCUCCUAACUCCUGAGGUCAUUGCUAAAAUUGGCCAGUAUAAGAGGAAAAACCCUUCGAUAUUUGCCUGGGAAAUCCAGGGGAAGCUUUUGUCUGAGAGGAUCUGUACUCAUGAUAAAGUACCAAGUGUUUCUUCUGUAAAUCGAGUAUUAAGGAACAUACAGCUGGAACUGGGCCCUCAACUACUGGAGAAUUCUCUUUCAUAUCAAUGUAAUCCAGCAGGAUUCAUUGAACAGAGAGCACCCAUCACUUUGAAUGUAUUGCAGCCAGAUGUCAGAAAGGAUUCUGGGCCACAGAAGAUCCAAUUGGCAAUUAGCCAGAACCGAAACAGAACUGUUUUUAGUCAGGGACAGUCAGAGGCCUUAGAAGAAGUAUUUGGAAGGACUCACUAUCCAGAUAUAUUUGCAAGAGAGAAACUGGCUGCAGAGAUCAUGCUUUCUGAAGCCACAAUACGGAUAUGGUUUUCCAACAGAAGAGCUAAGUGGAGACGGGAGGAUAAGCUUAAAACUGGAGUUUCUUAUAAUGAUAGUUCCUUGUGCACAAUGAGUCCAAAUUCAGUUGCACCUACUCCUCAUGCCUUUGCAGCUUAUCAUCCAUCAACAUUAACUGGCAGUCUUUCUGUACAGGAACAAUGGGAACCAGUAUCUACACCAAGCCCUUUGAACACAGACAGCCUGAAAAAACACAGUUAUGAUUUUAGUAAGAAUAAAACAGCAAACAUCGCUCAUAAUAUAACAUCUACUUUAACAUCAGAUAAAUCAUCGCAAGCUACCAGCUGUUGUAGAAUGCCUCCUCGUGUGGGAAACUGUGCUUCAGUUACUGCUUCUCUUGCCUCUUCUUACUUACAUCCUACUGUGGACAGGAUACCAUUUCCUGUUUUUGCUAGGCCUUAUCCAUCACUUCCUGUAGCCCUUUGUUCUCAAACACAACACCUUUAUCUUGAAGGAGACAAAGCUUCACUUCAUCCCUUCCAGACCUGCAACAAUGGACAGUGGUUAGAAAAUGCAACACAGCCUAUCAACAUCCUUAACUCAGGUCUGCUUUUGACUUACAAUACACACACAUGAACAAUAGUUCAAGUAAAUCACAUCUACAUUACUGAGACAUAGUAAUGGGAUAAAGACUCGAUACCCUUUUGCCAAAAUUGAUCUUUUUGUACAAAAUAAAACAAUAACACUGGUUGCAAAUGUAUCACAGUUAGUAGACCAUACCAUUAUGGUGAAAAGGUUCAUCAUGUCAAGGCAUGUCCACUGUAAUUGGUCAGAUGGAACUGAAUCAUUACUCAUAAUAAAUGAUACAGUAAUUGGUUUUAAUGUACUGUAUGCUGUAUACAGUAGAGCCAGAGCUACCUGUACACACAAAUAAAAACCAAGUCCUUUUUGAACUAUAAGAGUGGCUAAUUGAACCUCUGGCAUGUCAACUCUGGUACUUUGUCAAGUGAGUCAUUUUACAGACAUUGAAGCCCAGUGUAGUUUAUUCACUUCACAUGGUUUCAUUUUAUCUCUAUCACUGGUUUUCAAAAUAUGGGAAAUUCAGUAGAAUCUUUCAAAUGUAUUGUAAUUAAAUGCCUCUACAACUGAAUUGGGGUGUGUUCAAUAGCCAGAGCGCGACAGAAUGUUUAACGUUUUCUAGUUAACGCCCUGUUACAACAAAGCCCUCUGUAACGUUACCUAACACUCAGGAGUUGACUCUGUCGUGUCAAAAUGGCGGAGGCGAACUACCAGUGUGCAAAGAGCGGUCACAUUUGACAAAAAUGACUGUGCUAAGUACAUUAUUUUCUAUGCUUGUAGUCAUUGUUAAUGUGUAAAUCAUGUUUGCUUUAAAAAAGUGACGUUUCUUCGUACGUUUCCACACGUACAAGAAGUAAAUAGUUUUAUGUUUUGU